UACACAUUGCAGUCCAAUGGUUGGUAGGAUCGUGCGCAAAACCAUUGCUGUAAAACCAUCUUUUCUGGUGCAACGAGCUCUGUUGUUCUCACAAACACUACCGCAGUAGCUUGUGAGUUCCUUUUUAUGCGAUAAAUGACCAGUCUGAAGUCUCGAAUUGAAUCAUACAAGUACCGAACUCUGUAAGAGGUGGAAGUUAAGCAGUAAAGUUUUGAUUAUUCUAUUCUACUGCAGCUCCAAGUCAUACCUUCUGUGCCAGUGUGUAUAAAGGUUGACAACGCGAGAGUCUCUCAAACGCGACUAUCUAUUUUCAUAAUUUAAUUCAUAUUCAGUAGAAAAGUUAAAAUGAUGAAGUCAAUCUUUUUCGGAGUUGUUGCUGUUGCCGUCGCCAUUCUGACAUUUUAUCAGGAUACGGCACAAGCACAGGAACAAGCAGGAACACCCGACCAAGGCAUCUAUAAAUGGGACGCAAUGGACAGCCAGUGUCUUAACGCAUUGCAUGGUCAAAUUAACAAAGAGUUUGACGCCUCUAUUGUCUACCUGAAAUUUGCUGCCCAUUUUGCUCAGGAAAAAAUUAACCUUCCUGGAUUCGAGAAAUUUUUCUUCCAUGCCGCAGGUGAGGAACGCGAACACGGCAUUAAACUCAUCGAAUAUGCGUUGAUGCGAGGCCAUGGACCAAUCAAUAAGAACUUCAAUCUUGACUAUAGUUUUCAGAUUCCAAGUGGAACAGAUGGCGAAUCUGCUCUAAGGUUUGCAUUGAAAAAAGAAGAAGAAGUGACUCAAAGUAUCCGGCAAGUGAUCAAAGCUUGUGAGGAAGGUACAAAUGAUUACCACCUUGCCGACUACCUAACCGGAGAGUAUCUUGACGAGCAACAUAAAGGACAACGAGAAUUGGCCGAAAAAAUCGCCACGUUGAACAAAAUGAAGAAGAGCGCGCCGAAGCUGGGUGAAUUCUUGUUUGAUAAGAACCACAUGUAAGAGAAAGACUUUCAAAUAAAUGUGUAAGAAACUUAGAGAAAAGGCUACUACGUUAUUAAAAUAGCAGUUCAAAUUUUAUUCCUUUUUCUGUAAAUUAGUUGUGAAAAUCGAACUCUGAACAAAUAAAUGUAUGACUAGUACAAAA